AUGGGCUGCUGCGGCUCCUCGCUGCGGUCGUGGGUCCACGCGGAGAAGCCGCCGGGGCCCCGGCGGCCUGCUCCUCCUCCCCCGCCGCCGCACCGCCCCUCCUUCUCCCUCAAGGCGCAGAAGGCCGCCUCGCCGCCGCCGGCGGCGCGCGGGGAGGAGGAGGAUGUCCCGGCGCUCGCGGAGUUCUCGCUGGCGGAGCUCCGCGCGGCCACGGACGGCUUCGCGGCGGGGAACAUCGUGUCGGAGAGCGGCGAGAAGGCUCCCAACCUCGUCUACAGGGGCCGGCUGCGGGGCGCCUCCGGAGGCGCCGCCCCUCGCGCCAUCGCCGUGAAGAAGUUCGCCAAGCAUGCCUGGCCUGACCCCAAGCAGUUCGCGGAGGAGGCAAAGGGGGUGGGCAAGCUGCGGCACCGAAGGCUGGCAAACCUCAUCGGCUACUGCUGCGACGGCGACGAGCGGCUGCUUGUCGCGGAGUUCAUGUCCAACGAUACCCUCGCCAAGCACCUGUUCCACUGGGAAAACCAGACUAUUGAAUGGGCUAUGCGUCUGAGAGUUGCACACUACAUUGCUGAAGCAUUGGGAUAUUGCAGCAAUGAGGAACGCUCUUUAUAUCAUGACCUAAACGCAUACAGAGUCCUCUUUGAUGAGAAUGGUGAUCCACGCCUCUCAUGCUUUGGUCUGAUGAAAAACAGCAGGGAUGGGAAAAGUUAUAGCACAAAUCUAGCGUACACACCUCCAGAAUAUCUGAGAAAUGGCAGGGUCACAGCAGAAAGUGUCAUUUUCAGUUUCGGCACUGUACUCCUCGAUCUUCUCAGCGGAAAGCGCAUACCUCCUUCCCAUGCACUUGAUAUGAUAAGAAGCAGAAACAUCCAAGCACUAAUGGAUUCACAUUUGGAGGGGAACUACUCAACGGAGGAGGCUACUACCUUGGUGAAUCUUGCUUCUCAAUGUUUGCAGUAUGAACCAAGAGACCGGCCUGAUAUAAAGAAGUUGGUUUCCAUUCUCGAACCACUGCAAACCAAAUCAGAGGUGCCAUCCUAUGUGAUGCUUGGAGUUCCAAAACCUGAUGAACCAUCAAAGGCACCACCUAGCCCUACUCCACAGCCACAGCACCCUCUUUCUCCCAUGGGAGAAGCCUGUUCAAGGAUGGACCUAACUGCCAUACAUCAGAUUCUAGUCUCGAUGCAUUACAGAGAUGAUGAAGGGAGUAAUGAGUUAUCGUUCCAAGAAUGGACACAGCAGAUGAGGGAUAUGUUGGACGCCCGGAAACAGGGCGACUUUGCUUUCCGAGACAACGACUUCAAAGCAGCCAUAGAUUGUUAUACUCAGUUUGUUGAUGUCGGGACAAUGGUGUCGCCAACGGUUUACGCCAGGCGGAGCUUGUGCCACCUGAUGUGUGACCAACCUGACGCUGCCCUCCGGGACGCAAUGCAAGCGCAGUGUGUGUAUCCCGAUUGGCCCACAGCUUUCUACAUGCAGGCGGUCGCCCUGUCCAAGCUAGACAUGCAGAGUGACGCCACUGACAUGUUGAACGAGGCCUCACAACUUGAAGAGAAGAGGCAAAAGAGCGCAAGAGGUCCAUGA